AUAAUCUAACAUUUGUUCUUGCAUUAAUCACGAAGUCCAGUCACAUUUAAUUAUUUACUUCAACAAUUACAAUUCAAAAUAUACUCCUUAAGCGGACCACAGUGUUGCAGUUUAGUUUUAUUACCCACCUCGUUGGGUUCUAAUUGCAAUUCAGAAUCAGUGUUUUCUAACCAGGUCAUCGACAAAGUAAAUAUAAUUAAUUUAACCACAUCCCCUAAGUGUUGGUCAAUGGUCAAUAUACCCACGUAAUAGUUAUUUCGUAUAUUGGUAACUCAGCGUCAAUGUAUUUUUUAAUUUAAAGCUCAUCGUAUGUCAUACCGAACACGCCUUAAUUCGAUUUUAAAUCUGUCACUCAUGUCUGAUAUACAGUGAUCCAUCACUAUUAUACAGCAUGAAUACAAUUAAAAUUACAUAUAACAAUAAUUUAAAGAUUAUAUUAUUUAGUUGUGUUUGUCUAAAUGUUACUGUUCCAUAACAAUUAUUGAUUAGUAAAAUAGUAGGCAAUUCAAAAGAUCUAUAGUACUUUAUACCUAAUUACCUUAAAAUAAUAAAGCAUGAGUCUAAGGUAAAAUUAUUAUAUUAAUGCUAUAAUUUAUAAGGAUUUUUAAUAGUUGUGUAAUUAUUCUAUAAAUAACACUAUAUUAAGAAAUUAAUAUUUGUUUGUAUUUUAAAAAUUAAAUUUAUAUUUAAAAAAAUAAGAGACGCUGGCGUAUUAUCGAUAGCUUGGUAGCCUAGGCUAUCAGAAUAUUCAAAUAAGUAUAUAAAAAUAAUUUGAAAAUUUUUUAACUUUUAAUGUAUUUAAAAUAUAAGAUUAGUAAAUUAAACUACCCAAUGUAUUUUCUACAAUUGUUUUAUAUUCUGUGAUUUUUGGUUCAAGUUAAAUAAAAAAAAAAAGCUGAUAUUUUUUAAAUUAUCGAUAAUUGAAAAUGAGUUACAGAGUUAUUAAUAUAAUACAAGGUUUGUAUGUGAAGAACAAUAGAUUUCUUGAAUUGAUUACUAUCACUGAACAAAAAAAAAAAAAAUUAUCAUUUAAAUACGAGGAAAAUGAUUAUAGCAAAAGGUUAUAAGCCAACUAAUAUCUGUGUAAUAAAAUUAAUUCACAUCAAAAAGUAGUAAUGAACUAUAUUUUAUAUGACGUCUAGUAUCAUACUUCAUAUUAUAUGUUUUAAAAUUGCUAAGUUUUUCAUGUAAGUUUAAAUCAGUGCUGUACUAAAUCUAAUGGAAACUAAAAAUUAAUGAGGACUCUAUGUGGCAACACGUACUGAACAUAAGAUGACCAAAUGCGUGGACCAUGCCCGGUGGCCAGCCAGUGCAGCUGAUCGUCAUGGUGUUGGUGUAUUGUGGAACAACAUUUGGAGAUUGGGCCGAUUGUCCAACCCCUUGUCAAUGCAAGUGGAGUUCGGGGAAGAAAACAGCAUUGUGCAAAGAUGCCGAUUUUACAGAUAUACCUUUAUCGCUAGAUGCAGAUAUGCAGGUACUUGAUUUGAGCUCCAAUAAUUUACGCCACUUACCGGAGGAUGCGUUUAAAAAAGUAGGACUACUUAAUCUGCAGCGAGUAUUCCUACGCGGUUGCGGAAUACACAAUGUUCAUAAAGACGCGUUCAGAGAAUUGAAAAUACUCGUAGAACUAGAUCUCAGUGAUAACUUGAUUGGUUCAUUGCACCAAGAGACAUUUCAGGGAAAUGAACGACUCCGCGUGCUAUAUUUGAAUGGAAAUCCAUUAACUGAAAUCAAAGAAGUUCAAUUUCCCGUCUUACAGCAUCUUCGAACACUAGAGUUGCAACACUGUCAAAUUAAACGAAUACAUAGAGAUGCUUUCUUGCAUUUGUCCUCAUUGGAGUCAUUAAAUUUAAAUGGAAAUCUAUUAAAGUGGUUAUCAGAAACUGUAUUCUUGCCUAUAUCUAAACUGAAAACAUUAUCUUUGGAUGGAAACCCGUGGGUGUGCGACUGCCAUUUAAGGAGUUUUCGAAACUGGUUUGUUUCGUCAAAUUUAUAUUCACAUCCGCUGUCGUGUAUUGAACCGAAUGUAUUGUCGGGUAGUAGAUGGGAGAACAUAAAACCACCAGAGUUUGCAUGUCCUCCAGUAGUCAAGAUUGACAGGAACAGUGUGUUAGAAGAUGCCGGUAAUAUUACUUUUACUUGUAAAGUGACCGGAGACCCUGAGCCAGAAGUGAGCUGGUAUUUCAAUGGACAUAAUAUAGAUAACUAUACCGAUCGAAUGGACGAAAACCGUACGUGGCUAGAUAACAAUCGAAUGUGGAGUGCCCUACACAUAUUCAAUGUUUCAGAUGUAGUGGCUGGUGAAUUUACAUGUGAAGCUCGGAAUUCACGUGGACAAAUGUCAGCCAAUGUAUCUUUAGCUUUACCAGAAGUAGCAGUAGCUACGACACUAAGCAAAUCUAAAUCUAUGUACUUAGUCAUAGUUUGUGUAGCCGCUAGUGCAACAGUCCUAUUAUUCGUGAUAGGCUUGACAUGUUGCGUGUGUCAAGUGAAGAAAUCGGGGGGACGACGCGAUAGCAAGACUAACUUUAAAGGAAGUACUAGUUUCAGCGAUGCGGACAAACGACUUCUUGACGCAAGCAUAUCGACUACACAAGCUGGAAGCUGUGAAAUGCUUGGCGGCUCUUCUUGCCAGGACUUGGAGCUCAUUGAACAGUCAUUACAAAACAUCCCAUUGGCCGCCGUCUGCGACCAACAACCGGUUCACAUAACUAUUGAGAGUCAUGACCCCAACUCUAUUUUGUCACUGUACCCACCACCACCAGAAUUCUCCACUAGUAUUCUGCCAUCAGUCAGUGGUUUUGGAAAUAUAUUUAUUUCAGUAUCGGUGAGCCAAGAACCACCUGACCCUGAAUCUAGGUAUCCAGACUUACUUGACAUGAAGCACAGACAAAAACAAAGCGUUAGUGUUGGUACCAGCUCAACCCAUCAUAUUCCGCCAGCUUCGUCAUAUUACGCCACUAUGCCGAGGAAAAAAAGCAUAAUAGACCACCAAUCCAUCAAAUCGGUUAUGCCACAUUAUGAUAACAUGGGUCCGAGAAUAACAGCAACGGGAAGUUGUACGAACUUGUCAUCUCUUUCUAAUAGUGGUGAAUCUUCCGAUGAUAUACCACCACCACCGCCACCUCCUUUAUGUACAGGACACACUGACUACGUGGCUCUAUAAUUAAAUAAUGUAUGUACUCGUAAAAAAAUAAUUUUAAAAUCUUUCUUUGAAGUGUUAAGCAAGAUGAAUAUUAUAAAUAAUACAGAAUUAAUAUGUAGAAAUUCGGUGUUGUUUAUGAUAUAAUAUAUUAUAUUCACUAAAAAAAACAAACCAUAAUUUAUGUAAAAUGUUUGAAACCAAAAAACAAUUUAAAGAAAUCUGCACAGAAAAAGUUAAAUACAAUUUAAGAGAAGGUAUUGUUACUAUUGACGUUUACACAGAACAUUGAAAGCUUAAGUCGUAUUAUCCGUCAUCAAUCACAUGGCAUUUAUUAUAGGGCAGCAUUAUUAAUAAAAUAGUAUUAAAGGGGAACUCCUGAAUAUAAUAAAUAAUAAUGAGAAAAUAUAAAGAAAAAAAGUAAUCAUUGUAUAAAUGAAAGUUCGGUUCUGAUACCAUUUGUUUGGUUGUUUAUAUGUAAUUUUUUUUUACGAAGUCAGUAGGUUAAACUUGACAAUCUAUAGUUUUUAAUACUUAAAUGAUAAGUAUUUUAUGUUUAAAUGGAAGUCAAAAAUCUUAUUUUCUAAUUAAUCAUGGUUUUAUUAUCGCUUUCUAUAAAAAAAAAAUACACGUUUUUCAUAAAAAUAUAUAAAUAUAUUGUAUUCCUGUUAAAUUGUAGUAUUAGAUGGUAAUUCGAUUAAUAUUGUUGAGUUUAAAAUUAUUGGUAAACACAAAUUCCUACAAUCUCAUUAAACUAUCAACUUAAUUAAUAACUUUUGUAUGAUGAAUACUGGGUGUCAAUAACUAAUAUUCAUUAUUAAAAUUUAAAAUUAUUAUUUUAUAACUUUUACUAAAUAAAUCUAAUUUUAUAAUCCAUGGAUCUUUUUUUUACAACACUUCAUAAUAAUACGAUAUUAAAACAACACAUUAUAAAACAUAAAAUAUAUAAGUAAGGCACAAUUUGUUUUUUUGUCUAAUGACAAAUAUUCCGAUGAAUUGAUAUACAAAUUAUAACAGAUAAAGUUAUAAAUGUAACAUAAAAGCAAAAUAAAUAAAAAUCAAUUAAAAAUAUGUACCUAAUGUAUAAAUAAUAUUUUUAAAAGGUCAUUGUCCUCAAUUUAAUUAAAAAAUUGAAAUGCAUCUUUAACUUUCAGCUAGAUAUUAGGGAUAAGUAACAGAAAUUUAGUUGAUAGUGUUAUAGUAUUUUAAAUUUUAGUAUUUCUUGUUAUGCGUCUAUUAAAUUAUAAAAGUUAUAUAAAAGUUAUAUUAGUGCCCGGUGUUUUAAAAAGAAAUUUGUUUUGUUUAAUGAGAACAUUUAUAUUUAUUUUUAAAAGAAGACGAUUAGACAAUAAAUAUUAAAAUUAUAUGCAUCUAUCUAUCUUUGUACUAUUUUAAACUAAAAAUUAAAAGUAAUAAAAGUUAUGUGAAAAAAAAAUCAUCACACCAUAUCGAUCAGUUUCCAUCUAUUUACCCAAUUAACUUAAAAAAUAACUCAGGGUUAGCGAAACCCCUUCGUAUUAUUUAAUUUAUACUAUAUUUUUUACACAUAUCAUUUUAAUUAAUUAUGUUUUAUGUUUUCCUUUUAAAAAUUUGAAUAUUUAGCUAUUGUUUUUUUAAGAGAUGUAAUUAAAACUUAAAAAAAAUUCUUAAAUGUAGGUUUGGCAUAUCAUGUUAUUAUAGUAGGUAUUUUACAUUUAGUAUGCAUAAAAUAUUAUAAGUUUUAUAAAAAAUCAAAUGUUACUAAAUAACGAAAAAAAAUACCUUCAAUAAAUUAACAAAAAUAUAUUAUUCUUUGGUUCAUAAUGAUUAUCUAUAAUAAAUCCCAACAAAAUGUCCAUUAAAUUUAAAAUUGAAAAACUACAAGUAUUUCAUAUAUCUAAUGAGGUAGGUCUUGUUUAGUUAUAACAGAAAUUAUAUAAUUGCCAAAGUGUUGUUAUGAACAAUGUUAUAAAAUUGAUAAAACAAUGAAUUAUGUAGAAGUAUUAUAUUAUUUGAUCACCCACACGAAAAAAAAUUAAAACGUUGAAAUACCAAAAUAAAUCUUUGGAUUGUAAAUUUUAAAAUAUAGUUUUUUAUGAUUAUUGCGUUUGCAUUUAUUUAGGUAUUUCAAUAAUAUUCUUCAAAUAGAAAAUAUCGAUAUUUUUAUUUUAAUUAUGCCUUUCCUAGCUUGCGACAAGUAGAUAAAUAAUAUUGAAAUCCUGUGUUGUAAACGUUACAAUGUAGCUUAUGUAUGCAUAUAGACGGACCUACAGGAUAUAAAACUGUCUUUUAUUAUUAAAAAAUAAUAACUAUUGUAAAAAUUAAAUGUAAUAAUUUUUAAGGUAUUUUAUUUAUAAUGUUUAUAUUAAGUUUUGUUUGCUUUCGACACUACAAAUAUUCCUUUUCUCCUUUGUAAACGUGUCACAAAAAAAAAUGUUUUAUUCUAUAGGGGUGAAUAAAUAUGGAAUUUUUUGUCUGCUUUGAAAUAAUUAUAAAUAUUUAUACGUAUACAAUAUACAUAUACACAUAAAUAUAUAUAUAUAUGUACGUAUGUACUAUGUAGGCAUGUUUGUAUGUAUAUAAAUAUAAUACAUUUAUGUUCCUUGUUGGUGUUAAUAAAUUAUAUUGUACAGUAAAAAUGUAUGUCAAUAAUUAAGUAAAAUAUAAUUCAAAUUUUCUUUUUGUUGUAGUUUAUAUUUCAUUACGUAUUUAUUAAACAUGAUUUGUAGUUUAUUGUAAUCGGUAUGUGAAAUAAAAUGAA